CAGUGACCUCCCCAGAUGUCUGAGACACACGCUUGCGGUGGGAGUGAAGGAUGCUGGGAUACGGACUGAUUGGUUGAUCGGGGAGUGCCACACAGACUUCUGGGAGUUGUAGUCUCCAGGGCUAGUUUCCAUGCUGGUUGUGUUUAUGAAAUCUGUAUGUGCCGAUUUCAGACGAUAGAAGUCGAGCGCCGAGCUACUGCCGACGAGCACAGCUCAAAACAGCUGAGUUACAUUAACUCCUCACAUGCCGAUUGAUCGGCUGCAUCCAGUAGAGACAGCUAGACUGAACUUGGACCUGGCUCCAUCUGGAUGACAGCGGGGGACACAGGCUGGUUGCAACGAAGUUAACAUGGAUGCUACACAGGCAAAAGAAGUAUUUUCCUACUUAAGAACAGGAAGAUAUCCCAAAGGAUCAACAAAAAGCAAUAAAGAUAUUAUUCGACGUCGUGCAGGAAAAUUCACAUUAAAGGAUGGUUUACUACAUUAUGUUGGUGGACUUAAAAAAAAAUGCGUCAAAGUAGUGACCAGCGAAAAAGAAACCACUGAACUUUUUCGCCAGUUUCACGAUAGUGCUGUUGGUGGACACAGUGGAAUUGUAAGGACCACGCAAACAAUAGCAAGUCGGUUCUAUUGGCCUGGGAUGACAGUAGAUAUUCGUAGAUGGGUUACGAAGUGUGAACAAUGUCAGAAAAAUCCUGCAACUCUUAAACAGAAAAAAGAAUACACACCAAUUAAGGAUUUAACCAUGGAUGGGUUUCCUGAGAACGUCGAUCCUGCCAUGGAAUCUCCCAGGGCCAUGACUACACCCACACCACGUGAAGCCCAUGUGCUUGUGGGCGUGACGGGCAGUGUGGCUGCACUGAAGCUUCCACUUCUCGUAUCUGGUCUUCUACAAAUACCCGGGGUACAAGUGCAGGUUGUGACUACGGAUAAAGCAAAACACUUUUAUAAUAUAAAGGAAAUAUCUGUACCGAUUUUCAGUGAUGAUGAUGAGUGGAAGAUGUGGACGCAGCGCUCUGACCCCGUUCUUCAUAUUGAGUUGCGACGGUGGGCAGAUGUCCUCCUUCUUGCUCCACUUGAUGCCAAUACAUUGGGGAAGAUUUGCAGUGGGAUCUGUGACAACUUAUUGACAUGUGUGGUCCGUGCAUGGGAUAUAUCAAAGCCACUGCUGUUCUGCCCAGCUAUGAACACAGCCAUGUGGAAUCAUCCAAUCACAGCACAACAAAUUAAAAGUCUUCUAAGUUUUGGCUACACAGAGAUCCCAUGUAUUGAGAAGACAUUGGUGUGUGGAGACACAGGUCUUGGAGCCAUGGCAGAAGUUGACACUAUCAUUGACAAAGUCAGAGAAGUCCUGUCCAAAAACUAAACUUCAAGGAUGACACCCAUAACAACUCUGUUUUCUGCAUCCUCUCUUUCUUGCAACCCAAUAAUCCAAAAUGAGGUUCAUAUCAAGAGUCACGUCAAAUGAGUUAUGUCUACAACUAUAUCAUCAUAAGACAAACAAUCGUCUGGGAAUGUGAUAUUUUGUUUGAUAGCCUGGAGGCUGCCUUGUGGCUGAGACUGUUGGUACUAAAAUUAAAAUGCCAACUCUCAUUAGAAGGGAA